GAUGCCGUGUGUGAGCUCCAGCCAGGAUUUUCCCAAGCCGCAGGCACACCCAGAAAGGCUCUAGAGUAUAAUGCUCGAGAUGCCCCCUGCCGCUGCUCUUGCCCCCUGCUUUCCUGCGCCGCCAUCUGGCUCGAAGCAAAACUGUGCCAGCGCCUCGCGCUGCCUUGCUACCAGCCCAGCACGCCCCGCACCGAGCAGCCGCUACCGAGCUGGGAGAUCAUGCCGCCCAAAUUCCGACAGGUUGACGUGCUCGCUGCGCUCCGCCGCGGGGAGGCUGAGGAAGUCAUUCGUGCCGACCUCCGGGCCCGCGGAUGCCCGCCGCCGCGCAUCUCCCAGCUGUUCAAGGGCGCGCGCGACAUCAUGAGGGCGGAUGCCGAUGCUGAGUAUGUGGAGGCGGAGCACAUGGCGCUGGCCGUGCGGAAGCGGCCAGCCAGCGCCGUGCCGAUGGCAGCGGCGGCGGCGCGGCGCCGCCUGAGCGGAAAGCAGCCCGGCGCGGCUGUCGCGCCGCCCCCGCCGCCGCUCCCGCACCCGCAGAAACGCCCGGCGUCUCAGCCUGGCGCCAGGGCGCCGAAGCAGCCGAGGAUCGAGGGCGACGCGGGUAUCGACAACGCCGUGGCGGCGGGCCCAGUGGUGAAGAAGCCGGCAAGGUCUCGCGGCUCGUCUGAUUUCUGCAUCGGCUGGGAGCAGCCGCAGGAGGGCUCCGACGAGGUCAUCCAGCAGGACUGCGUGUUCUCCACCUCCACUCCUGGCGCCAAGGUCUUUCGGUGGCGCGGCGGGAAGAAACAGUGUUUCUGCUGCGACGUCGAUGCCCUGCCGGAGAAGGUGAAGACAGUCAAGGGCAGGGCGGGCGCCAUGCGCUACCUGAGGGCGCUCCACCAGUUCGAGGACAAGACCCCGUACGACCUCUUCAAGGCGAGGGUGGAGAAGGCCGGAUUCGAGAUCCCCGAGGACCGCGUCAGGCAGCCGAAGCGCGGCCGCAAGCCCGCCGAGAAGAAAGUGGCGGACUGGGCCGAUGCCAAGGCGAAGCGGCAGACCACCCAGGAGCCGCCCGACCGCAAGCAGAAGCGCAAGUUCCGCCAGGAGGUGCUCGAGGACCAGCGGUACGCGAAGAACCUCGUCUUCCCUGGGUCGGAGAGGCGCGAGCGCGCCUCUGAAGCGGAGCUGGGCGCGCACCUGGACAACGGGAUUGGCCUCCCGCCUGCGAAGUACUCCGACUACUCCAAGGCCUUGGAGGCCUGGUGCCUCCGCGGCUCCUGGGGCAUGUGCCCGAAGUGCCAGGCGAUGCAGCCGCGCGAGUUUUACGAGACGGACCUCAGGCGCGAGCGCAAGCCCGAGCUGACCAAGUCGCAGUGCAAGCUCUGCAACGCAAAGCGCAAGCACUACGUCCCGAAGCCCGAGGACGUCCCGAAGCCGCUGCAGGACCUCACGCCCGAGAUCAUCAGUGCGCUGAGCCUGCUGGACGUGGACGUCGGCGCGGUGGUCCGCUCCCACGACGCCAAGGGGAAACCCAACGGCUACCGCAAGAAAGUGAAGAUGAUCCGCUUCUCAUGGUCGGAGCACGCCCCGAAGAAGAAGUUCAGGAACGUCCCGCACGCGGAUCGCGAGAAGGCGAAGGCCGCCUACGAUUACCUGAUGGACAGCAAGGAGAGCUGCUACAGGGACUUCAAGAUGCAGCGCGAGAAGUUCUUCGACGGCAAGAGCCGCAAGCCCGACGAGCGCCAGCGCAAGCGCCCGAUCAACUUCAUCGAGCAGGUCGGUCUCGAGUGCGCCAUCUGGCCCCACCUGUACUGGAAGAAAAAAAUGUGCGAGUCGUACGAACGCUACACAGACGAGCGCCGCGAGGAGCGGCGCGCCCGCAAGAAGAGCGGCCGUGGCGCUGCGGCAGAGGACGACGAUGACUCAUACAGUGGCAGCGACGACGAUCACGGCGCGCAGCCCGCGGGGGCAGGCCGCGACCCGCACGAUGGCCAGGACAGCGACCAGGAGAGCGACAACGGCGACGGCGACUCCUCGGACUCCGGCAGCGAGCCAGACGACAACGACAGCGACAAAGAGGAAGAGGAUGAUGCAGGCGAGGCAGAGGGCUCUGGGCGACACAGCAUCAAGAAGAGCUUCAUGGCCAAGGUCCUCUCGCCGCUGAUCGGCUACGGCACGUCCUUCGAGCUGCUCCAGUACGUCUACGACCUGAACCUCUGGAGCACGCUCGGCAGUCGCAAGAACCUCGGCCUCGGUGGCAAGGUACCCAUGCGCGUGCUCAUGAAGGGCAACUCCUUCAGCCCGCUCUACUGGAAGGAGGUCCACAACGGCCUGAUCGACCUGGUCCGCCAGGUGGGCAUGCCGAAGAUCUUCUGGACCAUCUCGCCCUACGAGUACCUCGCGCCCUACCACGAGUGGGUCCAGGACGAGAUGUCCAAGAGCUUGCGCAAGCGGAUGAACCUCCCCGCGGCGGAGAGCCUCCACAUGACGCACGCGCUCCUCCAGAUCACCAACGGCCUCCUCACGGGCGUCAGCCGCACUGGGGGCAGCAACUGCGCCGGCCGAGGCGGCCCGUGGAAGAAGCACAUCCUGAGCAGCAAGGAAGAGAGCGGCAAGCCCAUCAGGCUCGUCGUCUUCGCGCGCAUCGAGUUCCAGGACGGGAGCCGCAAGGCGGGCACUUUCCGCUACCAUGGGAGCGGCCGCCCGCACGCGCACGUUCUCAUCUUCGCGGACGAACUCGAACCCGCGAAGCUGGAGCAGUUCGUCAAGGCGAGCCUACCCGUGGCGGAGAACCUGGCGCUGAAGGGCAAAGUCAAGUGCUCGCAGAAGGACCGCGACGAGGACUGGAAGUGGCCCAUCCACGACGGCCCCGAGGGCUGGAACGACGAGGACGGCACGCUCAAGCUCAAGCACUCCGAGGAGGACAGGGACGAGGGCGUCCACAGAGCCUUCUUCGUGGACGUCAUGGACGGCUGCCCCUGCCACCAGGACUUCCUCACGUCCGACGGGGAGUCCCUGCUGCUCCAGUACGUGACGAAGUACGCGGCCAAGUUCUCGGACUCCUCCUUCGACGAGUGGUUCAACGACGAGGGGUCCGCGACCUCGGUGGCGCGCCGCAUGGUCAACGAGUACCACCCCUACGAGCCCGAGAUGUGGCUCCAGCUGAACGGCCAAAACUUCAAGCAGUGGCACGUCUCCACCGUCAGCAGGGGCAAGCGCGACAUCCAGGCGCCCUGGCCGGGCAUGGAGACGCCGCCCGCAUACGUUGAACAGUAUUGCGCGGCCAGCCGCACCUGGCGCCGUGCCGACAUGCCCCUGCUGGAGUUCCUGCGGAAGACUGGAGACGACGGCCAGAUCGUCCACUGGAUUCAGAAGCCGUGGCGCGAGGAGGUGCUCGUCGUUGCCUUCGCAGCAUACGUGAAGGAGGGCGGCAAGCUGCCAUUCCAGAAGUUCCGCGUGGGCGCCACAAAGAAGGAGUUCAAGGCCUUUGCUGGGAGAGAGGAGCAAGUCGCCGACGACUUCCGCGCGUUCGCCAAGUGGCACGUCGAGGAGAAGCUGAACGCGGAGAUGAGCGGGCAGAUGCAGAUCGACCACCUCGAGGUGGCCUCGCUCGCAGACUUUGCCAACGACUACCCGAUGAACGGCGAGAAGAUCGUCGCUGUCGACCACGUCUACCGCCUGAACGACAAGUUCUUCGGCCAGUGGCUGGCGCUGCACGUGCCUUUCUCGAACAGCAUGGACGAGCUCCUGGACGCGGACGUCGACCGCCUGGUGCCCAAGAAGUACCGCUGGUUCGCCACGGCGCUGCGGCGCUGCGACGACCACGACCGCGUGCCCGUCGAGCUCCGCGACUUCUGGAGGCUGCCCCACAGGAUCAGGAGCGAGAUGAAGCAGGAGGCCAGCACGGACGACCACAUCGAGGAUGUCCAAGAGAUGGUCCACGGACAGAUGGAACUGGUGGACGAGUACCUGUCGGGCGCACGCAACCGCGCCGAGGAGGAGACAGCCGCGGCGGCUGCGGCGGCGGCGAGCGGCCGCCGCGGGGGCGCUGGCCCCGCCGCCCCGCAGCAGUUCAACGCCCAGCAGAAGAAGGUGGAGAAGGCCGUCAACAAGGCCGUCGACCGCGCCGUCAUCUAUAACCACAGCGACAGCGCCUCUGCGGUCGAGAGAGCGGGCGACGAUGCCUGGCAGAACAACACGCCGACCAUCGUCCUUGGCAAGCCAGGCACGGGCAAGACCACCGUCGUCAAGGAGUGCAUCCGCCGCGCCUGCGAGAAGGGCGCCCAGGUCCUCUUCGCGCUGCCCACGGCGCAGCUCGCGAGCCGCAUGAAGGAGGCCCUCCGCGGCAUCCCGAACGUCUGCGUGGACACCUGCCACGCGGCCUUCAAGUUCGGCCAGCCCGAGUCCGAGACGCUGCACCUCAUGAGCUCCUACGACAUGGUCGUGGUCGACGAGAUCUCGCUCCUCGAUAUGCCCCACUUCGAGAAGCUCAUGAAGAUGUGGGCCGCGGCGCAGAAGCUCCCUGCCUUUGUCAUCCUGGGCGACAAGUACCAGCUGCCCGCCAUUGACGCGGUCAAGAACGGUCGCCCCUGGGAGAGCGCCGCCUGGAAGAAAUGCAGAGUGAUCACCCUGCACCAGGCCUGGCGCUGCAAGGACCCCGAGUUCCUCAAGGUCCUCGACAAGCUCCGCGUGGACAAACCCAGCAAGAAAAUGCUCAGGAGCAUGUGCCGCGGCCGCAAAGCCUGGAACUGGGAGCACCCCGACGCGGACGACAUCAAGCGCCACCUCGACGAGCAUCCAGAGACCGUCAUCGUCACGUGCACGCGCCACAAAGCGGAGGAGCUCAACAACCUCGCCGUGGAGGGCCUCUUCGCGGGGCGCAGGCCCAUCGCGGUGAUCGAUGGGGACAUCGACAUCAACCCCGAGAACUACACCAAGGACGGCUUCCGCGACGACCGCAGGCCCCUUCCAGCCAAGGUGCCGAUCUACAGAGGUGCUUGUCUCUACCUCACACAGAACGUGCGCAAGGAGGACGACUACGUGAACGGCAUGGCCUGCACCGUCGAGAGGUUCACGCCGAACGGCGACGGCGGCACGCUCCUCGUCCGCACCAAGACGAACCAGCUCCUGCCCAUCACCAAGUGGACCAACAAGAAGGUCGAUGGCCGCAGCGUGCGCCACUUCCCCAUCAGGCUCGGCUACGCGAGCACCAUCCACAAGGUGCAAGGGGAUGAGUUCAAGCACAUCUCCGUCGUGCUCGACAAGCAGUUCUGCCCCGCGGCGGGCUACACGGCGUUGUCGCGCGUGGAGCGCGCUGCCGACUACACGCUCGCGGGCACGUUGACGCCCGAGCACUUCGUGCCCGCCACCUGGAUGGAUCCCUCCUGA